GUGAUGAGGUUUCUAACUGUGCCCGGGAGGGGGCGAGGUAGGCAAAACAGAGACUAGCUCUGCCUGUGGGGGGAGAAAGGAAAACGAUUUGUGACCAGCCUAGGCGACAUAGUGAGACCCUGUCUCUACAAAAAGUAUAAAAUUAGCUGGGCGUGGUGGCGCGCGCCUGGGGUCCAAGCUACUCGGGAGGCUGGGGUCGGGGGAUCACCAGAGCCCUGGAGGUCGUGGCUGCAUUGAGCGGUGAACGCACCGCCGCACUGCAGCCUGGGCAACAGAGCGAGACUUUGUCUCAAAAAAAAAAAAAAAAGAAGAAGAAGAAAAUUAAAGAAAAAAAAGAAAAAGAAAACGUUCCAGGCCUGUUAAAGCACUAAGAAAAGCAGAAAAAGAAAGGGGAGCCGGGGAAGGGCUGACAGGCCGUCAAAUUUAAGGGAGCACCAGAAAAACUGGCAAUCAAAUAAUAUCUUAAUGUAAUAUUUUAAAAGGUAAAAAUUAAUGCAAGAAAUCCGGGAGGAACAAAAUAAGAGUCGUGUGUAGCUUAACAACAGGGAAUGUUCUGAGGAAUGCGUCAUUAGGCGAUUUCGUUGCUGUGCGGACACCAUAGAAUGUACUUUCACGACCUAAAUGGUAGAGCCUGCGACACACCUCAGCUGUGUCACUGGUGUGCCCUGUUGCUUCCAGGCUGCAAACCUGACAGCAUGGGACUGUGCUGAAUACCGCAGACCAUUGUAAUUCAUGGGGAAAGCAUGAACACAGUCCCCCACUACCACCACUUAUGCAGUCAAGUUUUCCACCUUUGGGGACAUCGCAGGGGUCAGCACAUCCGGAGUCAGUCGAUGAGUCUCACCCUGGGAAAACCACCUUCGUGAUCAUGGUAUCCUCCCUACCAGGGAACAUGGUAGAAUGGUGCUUACCUCAAGAUAUUGACCUCGAAGGUGUUGAGUUCAAGUCUAUGGCCAGUGGGUCCCAUAAAAUACAAUCUGAUUUCAUCUAUUUCCGAAAGGGGCCCUUCUUCGGCCUGGCCUGCUUUGCCAACAUGCCAGUGGAGAGCGAGCUGGAACGUGGCGCGCGGAUGAAGUCUGUGGGCAUCCUCUCUCCCUCCUACACGCUGCUUUACCGCUACAUGCACUUCUUGGAGAACCAGGUUCGGCACCAGCUGGAGAUGCCAGGACAUUACUCUCAUCUGGCCGCCUUCUAUGAGGACAAAAAGGGGGUGCUCCAUGCUGGUCCCGGCAGAGGCAGCAGCCUGCCCCCUGUCUACUGGCUGCCUUCCAUCCACCGAUACAUGUACCCUGAGAUGAAGAUCACACACCCAGCUGGCUGCAUGUCUCAGUUUAUAAAGUUCUUUGGAGAACAGAUCCUCAUCCUCUGGAAAUUUGCCUUACUUCGAAAGCGCAUUUUGAUAUUUUCUCCCCCACCUGUGGGCGUGGUGUGCUAUAGAGUGUACUGCUGCUGCUGCUUGGCCAACGUUUCACUGCCUGGCAUCGGGGGCACCAUUCCUGAGUCCAAGCCUUUCUUCUACGUGAACGUGGCCGACAUCGAGAGCCUGGAGGUAGAGGUGUCCUAUGUGGCCUGCACCACAGAGAAGAUCUUUGAGGAGAAGCGGGAGCUGUAUGACGUCUACGUGGAUAACCAGAAUGUGAAGACACACCACGACCACCUGCAGCCGCUGCUGAAGAUCAACAGCGCUGACAGGGAGAAGUACUGCCGGCUCAAUGAGCAGAGGCAGAUGCUGUUGUACUCCCAGGAGGUAGAAGAAGACUACAACCCUUGUGAAGAGGACCUCUUCGUGCUAUUUUUCCUAGAACAAAACAACCGGAUAUUUCAGACUUUGUUGGAGGUGUCUGCCAGUCAAGACAAAACUCUGACAGCAGAGCAUGCCCGGGGCAUGGGCCUAGACCCCCAAGGAGACCGGAGCUUUCUCCUGGACCUGCUAGAGGCCUAUGGCAUUGAUGUCAUGCUAGUCAUCGACAACCCCUGUUGCCCGUAGGAGGAGCCAACAGGACUGGGAGCCGCUUCAUGUGGGAUGUCAGCAGCCUGGAGUUCACCCCAGGCCCCCAGAGGGCCUCAUUUUUUAUUAAGUUGACACGAAGGAAUAUUGUUUAUACUUUCCAACAAACAUAAUUUUUGCAAUUUCCUUUCUGCCCUUUUCCCUAGAGAUAAGGUGAGAUCGCCUUGGUUUAGUGUCCUGCCAUGUUAGGAUAUUGGAAUCUGCCACUUUCUCCCAGAGCUGCUGGUCCUUUGGGCUUCGUCAUAGGAGUUGUAUCACUAGGAGUGGGCUGAGCUCUGGAAAUAUUGGGAUGGACUGUUCAGAAAGUUUGUGCGGUCUUUGUCCCUUGACGUAUUUGAGAAUAAGACAACCAUCUGUCCCCUGUGGCCUUAAGAUGUUCAUCUGCCUAAAGGCAGAAACUAAACUGGAUGAUCUUUUAAAGUUUUUAGUAGCUCUACGAGUCUUGGGAUCAAAUCCCUUUUCUUGUUCACUGGGGCAACUUUAUGUCUUCUCUGUUUACUUGAGUAAGGACCACAAAGAAGGAAAAAAGGAUGUUUCUGACACCAAAUGUGAGCUUAUCUUACGGUCAGAAUGACAGAGGUUGCUUAUCAGUGAGCUGAAAACUAAAAUUGUAGAUUGAAGCCUUGAAACCUUCCUCAAAGUAACUUCAUGGUGGCCAUGCAAUGUAAUGUUCCUCUUUCUCUAAACCCCUCCUCUUGGGAUGAAUUGGUGAACUGUUAAGGGCCAGUGCUGGCCUUGGAGCUUGCAAGCAAAUUAAUUUUCCAAUUUAGUCUCUUAAGGGUUCAAUAUGCUCUUGGAGUAAGGGGUAUUUUUAAAGGCUGAAGUUUGGGCUGCUGGAGGAUAGAGCAGUUGAAGUUCGAAUAGGAUGGAGAAGUUACUCUCGCUUCAUCUGGACAUGAGUUCUCUGGAGGCAUUAGCAGUAGCAACUCUGGAUCAACACAGAUUUUCUGGAUUCCGAAAUCUAGCAAGGAUCUGAGCUGGUUAACUCAGAGGGUGGAGCAUGAUGCUAACAAGACCGUUCAUCAUUUUGGACCCCUCACAAACACACUUUUCUUUAGCAGAGGUGACAUUCCUUAGGCUAAAUCUUUGGAUCCAGGGACAUAACAGAUUUGUUGAGAGAAAAUGUGGCAGUGCCUUCACCCAGGACAGUGGUCAGGAAGCCCCGAGCAUCACUGAUGGAUUUAACCAUUCUCUUCUGAAGUGCUCUGCUCUAGGCUGGGUCCCAUUUUCACCUGCCUGUCCUCUGAUUGGCUUUUGCAGGAGGGCAGCUUACGUGUUUGUCAACCAGUUAGAAAGCCAGUUCCUGUGGGUUGAGUUUAGGCCUUCUUGGCCAUGAUUGAGAAUUUUGACUUGGGAUACUGGGUUGCUGGUGACAAAUAAUGUCUUCCUCUUCCCCCUUCCCGCCUGGCUCGAUUAUGGGAAUAGCCGUCAGUGCAUCUAUGUCUGUGACCAAGACCCAGCCAGACUAACGUACACAGCAGAGAGAAAUAACGUUCAAAUGGUGGGUCACACAUCUCAUCUCAAGAUAAGGUGCUUAGGGUUCACUGCUUUAUUCAAAAGUAUUUUCACUGUAGCUCCUUCAUAUGGAAUAUCAAAACUGAAGAAAUUCACACAUGGACAUGCAAAUAGACAUUGAUUAAUCAAGGUAGCAUCUUUAUGUAAAUAUAUAAAUAAGUUUGGGCAUUGAAAUGUAAACUGUACAGCUAAUACACUUCUCCUCUGCAGUGUUGGUUGCUGUCAUUUCAGUAAUGUAGAUGUUUACAAAAGAAAAAAACAUCCGUGUUUCGA